UUUGCAAGGAAUUUUAUUUUUUUGUUUUUUUUUACCUGUGUGCUAAAAUGCAAGAAAGUGAGCGUCAAGCAGCGUCGGCGACCAUGCCUUCGCCACGCUACUUCAGAGGGAUAUACUGUCCAACCAUCGCAGACAGUUUUCUGGACAAAGCAGAUGAACGAUCAUACCAAAAGGUUUCUAGGAGACAGCGACAGAAAUCCAUAGUCUUGGUGAACCUUAUAGAUUUGGCACUGAAAGUUGGACUAAUAAUCAUCUACACAGUUGGCAUCGUAGAUGCACUGGAGCUGAGUUUGCAGCAAAUCCUAUGGACGACAAUUUUCAUGAUUUGCAACGUGUGUUUAUGCUCGAUCUGCUUCUGGCCACGCUUCGCCUCAAACUAUCUUCAUUGGGCAGCCGGAGUCACCUGGAUUUUAUUAAUUGUUCAAGGCAUGUAUACAUAG